AUGUUUCGAACAAAAGUGAAUAGACAAUUGCUACCGCUGAAAAUGUGCUUCUUCCUCCUGUUUGCAAGUUUUGGACCCACGAUUGGAUUUAUGCCUACGAUAGCGAGACAAUUGGGAUACUCGAUAACGACUUACGGCGCUACCAUGAUGUUCAUGUCGGUGGUAUCGACGAUACUUGUACCUAUGUCCGGUGUGAUGGUCGACAGAUUCCGGAUAAAAAAAACGUUAUUUUUAGUGGUCAUAUUUGGCACAGGAGUGGUUUCGAUAUGUUUCUUGUUCGUGCCGAAAGCACCUGUGGAAGCAGCGAUGACAGAAUUAAAAUGCGACUCAGAAACGACGACAAUGACCGUUUUAAACGAGAAUAAUAAUAAGAAUAAUUUGCAACCGACGAGUAACGUCACUUAUUAUACCGUUGCGAAUCACACUGGUGGCGAUGAGUUAAUAACGUGCAAGUUAAAAUGUCAAUACACAGAGUUGUGCGGUGCUGGCUAUGCAAUAGUAAAUAAUCCAAAGAACCAAUCUGACUUGAGCGAUUUGUGGACGAGAACGAUUAACGAAAAUCAAAAUAAAUACGACCAGAUCGACUUGACAUUGACACCGAAAGACGUAGAACAGACGGAACAGAUUGCAAAUUCAUACGUCUUUAAAGUGAUGUCUGUCCAGAUAAAUGGCACGCAAAUACUUUCACCCACCUGUCGAUGCCAUUUGAAAACAUUUUGCCAUAUAGCGAACUGUUCGAACGAUAGAAUAAUGGAAGUGGCUACCGUCAAGACGUACAGAGGAAACGUUCUCAACUUGUAUCAAUUUUGGAUUUUUUUCGCGCUCGUGGCGACGUAUUGGACCUGUACAACUAUUUCGUCUGUAUUAAUAAAUCCGAUUUGUCUCGACGCUUUGGGAGACAGAUCUGCAGAGGAUUUCGGAAAACAAAAAUGCUGGGGUUCGAUCGGUUGGGGGGGGUUUUCCAUAUUCAUCGGGUGGCUCGUGGAUGUAUUUAGUUUCGAUAAAAAGGAUAAAGAUUAUUCACCCGUAUUUUAUUCUAGUAUUUUAUUCACGGCCUUGAAUUUCGGAGUAGUAAAUAGAAUCAAAGUUGUCGAAACGAACAAAUCCGAAGGUCGAUGGAAAAACAUGUGUGGGCUGUUUACUAAACAUUACAUGAUUUCGUUUUGCAUAUGGUCAAUAUUCAACACGCUUUUCCACACAAUCGUCACCCACUUUCUGUUCUGGUACAUGGAAGAUUUGGUUUCUGCCAACGACGACCACAGCCAACGGGCGUGGCUGAAAACGCUCCAAGGUCUAGCUCAAGGCAUCCAGUGUUUCGGCGGCGAAAUACCAUUUUUUUUCUGGUCCGGUUGGAUAAUCAGAAAGAUGGGCUAUGGCAAUUGCAUGGCCCUCGUGCUGGCAGCCAUGGGCGUCAGGAUGUAUCUGUACACAGUCAUCUGGAAUCCAGCCUGGAUCAUUGCGAUUGAAUUGCUGAACGGCGUGUCGUACGCAUUGGGAUACUCGGUGAAAAUGUCCUACGCAAAAAUGUUGUCACCACCCAACACACUAAACACCGUAAUUGGGUUUAUAGGAUUUUUCGAUUGUAUUGGUGAAUCUAUAGGUAGUCUGCUGGGCGGAUAUUUAUUCGAUACAUAUGGCGGAGUGUGGUCGUUUCGAUUUUUCUCCUAUAUGUCUGUUCUGAUGUGCUUUCUGAGCGUAGUAACCAAUUAUUUUGGAUUGACAAGGGAAUCUAUUACCUCGAAAGACCACGCGGAAUCGACGAAUAUGGAUCUCAAAAUAACCAAUAAUAAUACUGACAAAAAAUCGUGA